AUGACUGUCUCCAACCUCGUCAACACCCCCGCCCCGGGCAUCUCCUACUUCACCCCUGCCCAAAACCCCCCAGCUGGCACCGCCGCCAACCCUCAAACCAGCGGCAAGCCAGUCCCCAAACUCUUCCACCCUCUCACCAUCCGCGGCGUCACCUUCCAGAACCGCCUUGGCCUCGCCCCCCUCUGCCAAUACAGCGCCCAAGAUGGCCACAUGACGCCCUACCACAUCGCCCACCUGGGCGGCAUCGCCCAACGCGGCCCAGGACUCAUGAUCAUCGAAGCCACCGCCGUGCAACCCGAAGGCCGGAUCACUCCCCAAGACGUGGGCCUCUGGCAAGACUCCCAAAUCGCACCCAUGCGCCAAGUCGUCGAAUUCGCGCAUUCCCAGAACCAGAAGAUCGGCGUGCAGCUCGCCCACGCAGGUCGCAAGGCCAGCACCGUCGCCCCCUGGAUCUCCGGCACCGCCAUGGCCACCAAGGACCUGGACGGCUGGCCUGACCGCGUCCUCGGCCCCAGCGACAUUCCCUUCGCCGAUACCUUCCCUACGCCCAAGGCCAUGACCGCCGCAGACAUCACGCAGUUCAAGGCCGACUGGGCCGCUGCUGUCAAGCGCGCCAUCGCCGUCGGCGUCGACUUUAUUGAAAUCCACGGCGCCCAUGGUUACCUCCUCUCGUCGUUCCUGUCUCCUGCUGCGAAUAACCGCGUCGAUGACUACGGUGGCUCCUUCGAGAAUAGGAUCCGUCUGUCGUUGGAAAUCGCCCAGAUUACUCGUGAUGUCGUCGGCCCUAAUGUCCCUGUUUUUCUCCGCGUCAGUGCCUCUGAUUGGCUUGAGGAGACCCUCCCCGAGCAGAGCUGGAAUGUGGAGCAGACGGUCAAGUUCGCUCAGGCUCUGGCUGAUCAGGGCGCUAUUGAUCUCAUUGAUAUCAGUACUGGUGGCGUGCACGCCGCGCAGAAGGUCAAGUCGGGUCCGCUGUUCCAGGCCCCGCAUGCUUUGGCGGUUAAGAAAGCUGUUGGUGAUAAGUUGCUUGUGUCGGCUGUUGGUGCGAUCACGAAUGGUCGUCAGGCUAAUGAUCUCCUGGAGAAGGAGGGUCUGGAUGUGGCGCUGGUGGGGAGGGGGUUCCAGAAGGAUCCCGGGUUGACUUGGACUUUUGCUCAGCAUCUCGAUGUGGAGAUUUCCAUGGCGAGUCAGAUUCGUUGGGGAUUUACGAGACGUGGUGGACGCGAGUUCAUUGAUCCGAGCGUUUAUAAGCCGUCGAUUUUUGAUGCUUAA